AUGAUAAGAGACAUUCAAGCAACAUGCCGAAGCGGUUCUUUGUCUAGUUUGUACUCAAGUCUCGGAUCAUUUGAUUUGGACCACCUGGCGACGUUAACAAGAGAAAAGUGUUCGGCUUUGGUCCGGUCUUGUUACGUACCGUCGAAGACUACUUGCUCUGACGACAUUAUUAGCAAACAGAACACCAAAGUGGAAGAUGGUCUUGGCUUCCGAGGAGGAGGAGGUGGAAGAAGACGAUUGCCAAAUAACCAGCCGUCAAAGAGACAUGGAGGAGGAAGAAGCUGCACAGCCGUCUCCAGCGAGCCUUGCCAUCUCAAAAGCAACCUCAAGAUCAAAACAGAGGCCGAUAAAGGGUUGGAACAGAGGAAAGUAAGCUGGCCUGAUGCUCAUGGCAAAGAUAUUGCUCAUGUUCAAGAGUUUGAGCUUAGCGCAUCUGAGGAUGGAGAGCAUGCAGGAAAGUCUAAAAGAAAAUAUUGUGGUGUCUGUAUAAUCCAAUGA